GUUUCUGAAAUGGAUGAAGACUUAAAUAAAGAAGCAGCUGCAUACACUUUACAGAAUUCUUUGGAAGCUUUGCUUUGUAUUCAACGGCUAGAUUUCAAAACGAGUUUUCUGGAAGUAGUUGAAGAAUUGCGUAUGAGAAGAGAGGCAGAAAUUCAUUAUGAGAAGCAAAUUAGCAAGUUUGUUAUUGAAAAGCAGGAAUUUCAGUGGCAAAAGGAAGCUCUUCAAUACCAGAUAGAAACAUUAAACAAGCAGCAUUCAGAAGUCCUGAUGGACUUUAAAAAACAGUUUCAGGCAAGAAUAUUUGCUAUUGAAGAAGAAAAGGGGAAGUAUUUACUUGCUGAAGAAUCAAGAGAAAGAGAAACGGAAAGACUGAAGGAAACAUUAAAAAUGCUACAGAUUUCAAAAUACACCUUACAAAACAAACUCAAUGAAAUGGAACAAACAAUACAGUUGCAUAUGUUAGCAAAAGAAGAUCAUCAGAAGAGUCUGAAUGAAGUAGAAAAAUGCUAUGCAGCUAUUACAUGUCAAUUUGGAACAAUAAAAGGACAUCAUGAGAGAUUAGAGCAGAAUGUUGUGGAAGCCAUUCAGUGCAAUAAGAAAUUGACAGCAAUGAAUAAAAGGCAAGAAUCUGAGAUAUAUAAUUUAAAAGAGGAACUGAAGAAAGUCACUGAAGACUUAAUAAGGUCUAAUGUCACUUGCCAGCACAGAGCAGGAGAAGAAAAUCUCAGACUUACGGCAAAGGAACAGGAAUUACAGCAGCUACAGCAAAAAUUAUUAAUGGAGACUGAAUUAAAGACAAAAAUUGCUGAAGAAAAUGAACAUCUUAAAAAAGAGAACCAGGAGAUCAUUACUAAACUACAACAUAUGCAGCAACUACUCUGUAGACAGACUGAAACAAAUAUCAGAAUUGAAGCAGAGCUGAAUGAACUGAAGCAAAAAUAUCAGACCCUUGAAAGAGAUAAUGAGCUGCAAAGGGAGAAGGCAAAAGAAAAUGAAGAAAAGUUCCUUAAUCUUCAGCAUGAAUAUGAGAAAGCUCAAACAACUUGGAAAAACAAGGCUGACCAGGUUACUGAAAAUGAAAUGCACAUCUGCCAGAAAGAAAACCAAUGUGCUCAAGCAACAACAGAAGUUUCUAAUAAUCUUGAAUUAGAAAAAACAAGAGUAAAAAAACCUGUAACUUGCUCUUUGGAUUCUGAUGAAAUACACAUGGAACAAAAUUAUGCAGAUAUAAAUACAGAUGAAAUGAAUUCAAUCAGUGUUGAAGAUUUAAAUUAUCUUGAAAAGUGUGUGAAUGAAGAUGGUAUAUCUUGUGUUUGCAAACAAAACCGAAGGAAGGCUUCUGAAAGCAGUCCCGUCUACAAGCUCAGUUUCACUACUUCAGGUCUGACCUCUGGUUCAUGUGUUGCUGAUUGUGAAAAAGCAGCUGCUAAUGAAAGAGAAGACAAAUUUUUGUCUAAUGAAAUACAUUCAAAAGUAGAAAUUAAGCCUCCAAGCAGCUGCCACUCUAUAGUACCGAUCCAGGAUUCUAAGAUGCUCCCAGAAACACUUAUUUCUAAAGCAAAUAAAAACCUCAGCAAUGCACUCCUUGAAGGUUUCUUCACAAGUGAACUUGUUGCUAAAGAGUCCAAAGUACAGGACAACAUUGCUAGUGAGAAAACUACACAUUACCACACUAAGACUAAAGUUAAUUCUGUCAUCCUGUCACAGGCAAUAGAGCAUAAUCACCCUACCUUCUACAGUGAUAUUAGUAAAGCAGAAAAAAUGUCACCAUUUCAAAACACUGAUUGCAUAACCUCUAACAUCCAUUUAUAUGAAGAGAUUAAUACUUACAAUGAAGAAAUACAUAUUGAUGAUCCAUGCGAAAAUAAUGAAUGUGAGCUAAGAAGUACUUGCAACGUACCAGAGAACAUCCCACAUUUGCACGCUUCUUUCUCUAAGAGUGUAGAUUUUAAUAUUCAUGUUGUCAGUGCUGAAAACACCCAUAAUAUGCCUCUGGAAGGAAACUUAAAUCUGAAUGCUGAAGAACUAUCUAAACACACUGAUGUAAGUGAAAUGCCAAGCAAACAGUUAGAAGACAACUUGAAACUUCCAGAAAUUAAUACAAAUGCAGCUAAGCUUCUCCACGCAGAAUCUCAGGCUGUAGAUCUGAAAAUGGAAAAAAUUACCAGAAACAAACAAAAAGAAUCUUGUGCUUCCAUAUCCACUAGUGAACAGUUUCUUGUAGUUUGUGAUCAAGAAACUACAUGGUUAAAAGACAAGGAAGAGUCAUUAUGCAGUAUAGUUACAGGGGAAAUGACUGAGGAAGAAAAUAUGAAGGAAUUGUGUUCUUCAUCCAUAAAGACAUCUGGUGAUUUAUUAAGUGGAAAUGGAAAGUCAUGCUUUGAUCUGCAAAGUAAGGAUAAAACUGUAAACAUUUCAGCAUGCUUAGAUCUACCAAGAGGAUGUCAAGGUAAAAGUCAGAUUGAGUUUGCUUCAACAUCCAAAAUGCCUUUCUUUUUGAAAGAGCAAUUAUGUACUCAAGAAAUAAAAACUACUCAUUCAAGAAAAAUUGGUGAGAAUAUGAACAUGGAAGGUGAAGAAGAAAGAGGAAAAACAACGUCUACCAGCAUGAACAGAGCUGCUGACUCUUUGAAUACUGGAAAUAUCAAUCCAGGCCUCAAGAGAAAUCCUACUGAUGAAAGGAAUGCAAUCGCCAAGAGUUUUUAUGAAACUAAAUUUCCCACAGAAUCCGUCAAAACACAGUGUUCACCAAGUCUGCAACAGAACUCUUCUCAACUCAUCUUUGAACAAAGCACAUUUGUGUUAAAUGAGAGCUCACAGAACAGUGAAGUAAGAGACUGGAAUUCCCAAAAUGUUUUCAUAAGAACAAAACUCAGCAACAUUGAAAAACUUCUGUAUUUAGAGAAGUUCUGUCAGCCAAGAAAGAGAAAGUAUGAGGACAAUGCAGAAAACCGUGACAGCCAAUAAAGCAGAAACGUAAUUAUUUUUGAAUCCAUGUUUUAUAAAAUCUGCUGAGAAACAUCUCCCUUUUCUGUAAGAAUCCCACACAUAUAGAAAAUAGUACACCUUCCUACAGUUCUUAUGUCUUUAAAUUAAAACCUUUUAGAAUAAACUUUCCCCCCUUAAAGUUACCAAUAUUACUGAAGGCCACAGAAUACUAUUCAUUUGUACUAGAACUAUCCUGCUGACUCCCUGCUUCUUUUCUACCUUAUGCAGGAAUAUAAACCAUUUUUCAUUAUUACAGAAGCUGGACAAAUUUGAGAUUUGUUUAAGUUUAAAUUUAUUGUUUUUGCAUACUGGAGUUCAAAUUAUUUUAUGCCAAUCAUAUAUUUUGAAAACAAAUAAAAACUUGACAAAUUCAGUUGGUUUACUGUAGCUGAGCUUCCAUCUGAGAAAUCAAAUCAUAGGUGAAAGAAUUAAGUAU